AUGAGUUUAGAUCACAUUGAUGUUGACGAUGAAAUGGGUGAAUACCAAGGAUUCACCCCGCAAGUUGAGGGAAGCAUUAAAGAAUUGUCUAGAGAGUUUUCUGAAAAUGAACCCAACAGAGAGUUAAUUAGAAAAAUGACUACCUCCUAUGUCCCCGAUGUUGAUGGUAUUAAUCCCUUUGAAACUGAAGAUCCACGGCUAGAUCCUAACAGUGAUGAGUUUAGCUCCAAGUAUUGGGUGAACAACCUGAAAAGGUUAGUUGAGAACAAUCCGGACUUCUACAAACCAACAACGUUGGGGUUUGCCGCAAAAAACUUGGUUGCUCGUGGUGUUUCCUCAGAUGCUGAUUAUCAGUCAAACUUUUUGAAUUAUCCAUUCAAAAUCUGCAGAGACUUAUAUAUGGAUACGAUUCGUAAAAAUGACAAGUCCCGAUAUUUUGAGAUUUUGAAAUCAAUGGAUGUUCUCAUCAAGCCCGGUACAUUGACGGUCGUCUUGGGUAGACCUGGUGCCGGGUGCUCCACUUUUUUGAAAACAGUUGCUGCACAAACUUAUGGUUUCAAAGUUGACAAGAAUUCAGUUAUAAGCUACGAUGGCUUGACACCUAACGAUAUAGUCAAACAUUAUAGAGGUGAGGUUAUGUUUUCAGCUGAAACGGAUAACCAUUUCCCACACUUAACUGUUGGUCAAACUCUCGAAUUUGCAGCCUUGAUGAGAACCCCUCAAAAUAGGUUUCCAGGUUCCAGUCGACGAAGCUACGCAAAACUAAUAGCAGAGGUUUACAUGGCCACAUAUGGUUUGUCUCACACGAUUAACACAAAGGUUGGUGAUAACUAUAUUAGGGGUGUUUCUGGUGGUGAGAGGAAAAGAGUUUCUAUUGCAGAAGCAUCAAUAUGUGGUGCUAGUAUUGAAUGUUGGGAUAAUGCUACACGAGGAUUGGAUGCCGCAACUGCGUUGGAAUUCGUCCGGGCUUUAAAAACACAGGCUCAUGUUUUGAACGGUACCCCAUUGAUAGCUAUUUAUCAAUGUUCUCAAGAUGCUUACGACUUAUUUGAUAACGUGCUAUUGUUAUAUGAGGGUUAUCAGAUUUAUUUUGGCUCUGCGGUUAAUGCAAAGAAGUACUUUGAGACCAUGGGCUAUGAAUGUCCGGAGCGCCAAACCACAGCAGAUUUCUUAACUUCAAUUACAUCUAGUGCAGAAAGGGUUCCAAAGAAGGGUUUUGAGAACAAGGUUCCCAGAACUCCUUUAGAGUUUGCAACAUAUUGGAGGAAUAGUGAUGAGUAUACUACGCUUGUGGGGGACAUUGAUGAGUACCUUAAAACGUGUCAGGAAUUCAACACCAAAAAUCAGUUUCAUGAUGCUCAUGUUACCAAACAAUCAAAUCAUACAACACCCAAAUCAUCUUUUCGUGUCUCCUAUUGGAUGCAGAUAAAAUACAUAUGUUUGAGAGACUAUUGGAGAAUACUUGGAGACCCUUCAAUCAUGCUAUUUUCAGUUAUUUCUAAUAUCAUCAUGGGAUUGAUUUUGUCUUCUCUAUUUUACAACUUAUCUGCAACAACCGGCACAUUUUACUAUCGCUCUGCUGCGAUGUUUUUUGCAGUGUUGUUCAAUGCAUUUUCAUCUUUGCUAGAGAUUAUGUCACUAUUUGAAGCCAGACCAAUUGUGGAGAAACAUAAAACUUUUGCGCUAUACCACCCAUCAGCGGAUGCUCUUGCAUCCAUUAUCACACAAAUUCCGGCAAAAAUAGCAAUAUGUCUUGGUUUUAAUAUUAUAUUUUACUUUAUGGUUCAUUUCCGAAGAAAUGCAGGCAGGUUCUUUUUUUACUUGUUGAUCAACUUUACUACCACAUUGGUAAUGUCUCACAUUUUUAGGUCUGUUGGUUCCAUUUUCAAAACUUUAGCAGAGUCUAUGCCGCCCGCCGCUGUCCUAUUGACAGCCAUGGUUAUUUAUACGGGAUUCGCUCUCCCUAUUCCGUCCAUGCUUGGGUGGUCUAGGUGGAUCAAUUACAUUGACCCAGUUGCAUACGCAUUUGAGGCUCUACUUACUAAUGAGUUUUCAGGGCUUAGGUUUGCAUGUUCGGAUUAUAUUCCUGGCUAUCCAAACUUAGAUUUACAGUACCAGGUUUGCAGCGUAGUUAGUGCGUUACCGGGUUAUGACUACAUCAAUGGAACAGAUUACAUGGAACAAAACUACCAGUAUUCCAGUUCACACAGAUGGAGGAAUUUUGGAAUCAUUGUGGGCUUUGUCGUGUUCUUUUUAGGCGUUUAUAUAGGGUUGGUGGAAAUCAAUAAAGGUGCCAUGCAAAAGGGUGAAAUCAUUCUAUUUCAACAAUCAAAGUUACGGAAAUUGAGAAAGCAAGGCAGUAAGCUGAGCGGCAGUAAUGACAUUGAGGCUGCCACAUCGAUUGAAAAACGGGAAUCCACCAGUGAAGAUAGUGUAAGUGGUGAAGCUGAUGUUAGUGAUCUUGAUGUUGGCACUGAUAUCUUCCAUUGGAGAGAUGUAUGCUAUGAAAUUCAGAUCAAAUCAGAAACACGGAGAAUCUUAAACCAUGUUGAUGGAUGGGUGAAACCUGGUACUCUAACAGCUUUGAUGGGUGCGUCGGGAGCAGGUAAAACCACAUUGUUAGAUGUAUUGGCAAACAGAGUCACCAUGGGAAUUGUUUCUGGUUCUAUGUUUGUUAAUGGUAGAUUGAGAGACCAGUCAUUUCAAAGAUCCACCGGAUAUGUUCAACAACAGGACUUGCAUUUGGAAACAUCGACUGUUCGAGAAGCUUUGAGGUUCUCUGCAUAUUUGAGACAGUCUCGGGAUAUAAGUAAAGAAGAAAAGGAUAGAUAUAUCGAAAGUGUCAUUGGCAUUUUAGAAAUGCAGUCGUAUGCAGAUGCUGUGGUUGGUGUUGCCGGUGAAGGAUUGAAUGUUGAGCAACGGAAGAGACUAACCAUUGGCGUUGAGUUAGCUGCCAAACCUAAACUAUUGUUAUUUUUGGACGAGCCGACUUCAGGUUUAGAUUCUCAAACCGCAUGGUCAAUUUGUCAAUUGAUGAGGAAAUUAGCUGAUCAUGGACAGGCCAUUUUAUGUACAAUCCACCAGCCGUCGGCAAUAUUGUUGAAAGAAUUUGAUCGGUUGUUGUUCCUUGCUAAGGGAGGACGUACUGUUUAUUUUGGUGAUUUGGGUCAAAACUGUCAAACACUAAUUAACUAUUUUGAAAGCCAUGGCGCCGAAAAAUGUCCACCGGAGGCUAAUCCGGCAGAGUGGAUGUUAAGCGUCAUUGGUGCAGCUCCAGGGUCGCAUGCCAAGCAGGACUAUUUUCAGGUUUGGAUGACCUCCCGUGAGAGAGAAGCAGUGGUGAGUGAACUAGAAGAGAUGGAGAAAGAAUUGUUAAAGAAGGAGGUUGACACAUCACCCGAAAAGAAACGUAGCUUUGCUUCCUCGUAUGCAACACAAUACAAGUAUGUUACACUUCGAGUUAUACAGCAGUAUUGGCGAACUCCAAAAUAUAUUUGGUCUAAGUUAUAUCUCGGUACACUCAACUCCAUAUUCAGUGGAUUCUCUUUCUUUAAAGCCGGUACUUCACUACAGGGAUUACAAAACCAAAUGUUAUCUGUGUUUAUGCUUUCGGUUAUGGUGAAUACAUUGAUUCAACAGAUGCUACCAUUGUACAUGAAACAAAGGUCAGUUUAUGAGUCAAGAGAAAGGCCAUCUAAAACGUUCACCUGGUGGAUUUUCUUAGCUUCUCAAAUGACAGCAGAAUUUCCGUGGAAUCUUUUGUGUGGUACAAUAUCAUAUUUUUGCUGGUAUUAUCCAAUUGGAUUCUAUGAGAAUGCAAGUGAAACCAACACUGUCCAUGAAAGAGGUGCACUAGCUUGGUUGCUACUUAUAGGAUUAUUCAACUAUGCCUCAUCAUUAGGAUUGAUGUGUAUUGCGGGCAUUGAAAACGAACAAAAUGGGGCUAAUUUGGCUAACUUGCUAUUUAUCAUGUGUUUGAAUUUCUGUGGUACAUUGAAGUACCCAACUGGAUUUUGGUCUUUUAUGUAUUGGUUCAACCCCUUUACAUAUUGGGUUUCCUCGUUGGUUUCUACCGGUGUUGGCAAUGCCAAGGUAAUUUGUGAACCCAAAGAAAUUGUAUAUGUCAGACCGGUACCGGGGAAGAGUUGCGAGGAGUUUUUGUCCGAAAGGAUAUCUCAAGCUGGCGGGUAUUUGGCUGGUAGUAGGGAUGGUCUAUGUGGGUUCUGCACAACCUCAAACACAAAUUCCUUCUUGGAAGGAAUCCAUGCACAUUAUGGCACCAAAUGGAGAGACUGGGGAAUAUUCAGCUGUUUUAUUGCCUUCAAUUUGAUGCUUAUGUUUUUAUUUUAUUGGUUAGCACGUGUUCCGAAAAAGAGUGACCGUGUUCAAGACUCUUCAAAAUUAAAGAGUGAUGAAACAAAAGUGUAUAGUCAAGAGGAAAAAGCCUGGAGGAGCAACUAG